ACAUAAUAUUUUGAUACGCAAGGUGAUAACAUAUUUUCAAUCCAAUUUUCAAUUUCAACCUUUUGAAAACACGGUUGGGGAAAAUCUUGGGCAAUUUGGUGAUAAAUCAUGGAAAUUUAGGGCAUUUUCAUAAUCUCCAUCCCCAUUGAUUGUGGUCUGGAUUUGGAGACAAAAACACCAGAUUUCGUUCAGCCCUUUCGAUUCUUCGUUUUGAAAUUUUACGUAAUUUGAUUUUGAUUUUCAUUUACAUCCGGAAAGUUGAAGGGAUCGGGAUCCCUAAAUUCAUCGACCUCUUUCAGCUCCUCCACAUUGAUUCUCGCAUUCGAUCAAAUGUCCUCAAAUUCUGUUCAAUUUGACCCAUUUCGAUGUUUCUAGGGUUUACUCUUUGAAUGCUAGUUCGAUUUUCAAGGUUCCUCUUUGUUUUUGCAAAUACUGGAUUUGCAGUUUCGUGUCUUCAGGUUUCUGCCAAGACUGGGAUCUUUCCGCCCUUUUUCUCGGGACCCAAACUGAUGCUCAAGCUACUUCUCUUCUGAAUUUUCAGGUCUCUUGAAGGGUCGGCCUCGGAGAUGAUUGGUCUGUAAUUUUUGGCGGAAUAUCGAACCGGGCUGGCUAUUAGACACAAUGCGUAUGUUUCCACUGAGAUCUAGCCCGGACUUAACCGAGGACAAGGAGCAGGGCAGCAGUCAUGCUUUGUUAUAUCUUAAUGUCUACGAUCUUACUCCUAUAAAUAACUAUCUCUAUUGGUUUGGGCUCGGAAUCUUUCAUUCGGGCAUUGAGGUUCAUGCCAUGGAGUAUGGCUUUGGAGCACAUGAAUAUCCUACCAGUGGGGUGUUUGAGGUAGAACCAAAAAGUUGCCCCGGAUUUAUCUUCCGACGGUCAGUGCUAUUGGGAAGCACUGAUUUGUCUCGUGCAGAAUUUCGAUCAUUCAUGGAGCACCUUUCUUCAGAAUAUCAUGGUGACACAUAUCAUUUGAUUGCCAAAAAUUGCAACCAUUUUACAGAAGAAGUCAGCAUGCGACUAACUGGGAAGUCCAUUCCUGGAUGGGUGAAUCGGCUUGCUCGAUUAGGUUCAUUCUGCAAUUGUCUUCUUCCAGAAAGCAUUCAGAUUUCAGCAGUGAGACAUCUUCCUGAUCAUCCAGCAUAUUCUGAUGACGAUGACGAUGACGAUGGGUCAGAAUCUCUUGCAUCUUCUACAUCAGCUAGGAGCGAAGAGGAGGAAUUGGAUCAUCAUCUACUGAUGACUCCCAAUGCUGAUGUAGCAUUCCUAAAAGAGAAACCAGUGAAGCUAGCUAGAGAACCUGUUUAAAUUCACUACCCUCUGGUUCCAACUUCUUUGCCUUGGUCUAUCUAUUGUUUGUAUUUGUGAUAUAUCAAUAUUGAAUGCAACAUUUGAUGAGGCCAAACUACUUGAGAUCCAAAUGUUUGGUGAUAUGAUGAUAAUAACCUAGAGUUGUAGGCUGUCAGUAUCAUUUGGGGAAUGUAAGGUGAAAAAAAAACACUCCGUCGAGGUGGUUGAAAUGAAACUGUAAUCAAUAUUGUAAAAUAUCAGCAGAUUUCAUCAA